AUGGACCAACAGGAGGCAAGAGAUUUCCUGACUUCGCUUCUCAACAAGAACCUACGCGUCCUGGCUACUGAUGGCCGUAUGUUCCUUGGCCAAUUCAAGUGCACCGAUCCGGAUCGCAAUGUAGUACUAGCUCAUACCUACGAAUAUCGACAGCCAUCAGCGCAGCAGCGGGCUGAAGCCGCAAAGAAGGCUACAGAAGGAAUCACCUCGGUCACGAUGGACAUGACAUCCCGGUACCUGGGCUUGGUCGUGGUGCCUGGGCAGUACAUUGUGAAGAUUGAAGUAGAAGAAUUCACGAGUCAGAUCGGGAGCCGGAAUCCAUACGCCGACGUUGUCGUAUAG